GCUUUACUUGACCGGCCUUAUGCAAAAAAAAAAAAACAUAUCCGGCAUGAAUCAGAAAACAAUGACUUACAGUAAUGUCCUUCUUUUCAGAUUAUUAGAAUAGGCACACCUCCCUUGUCUGCACCUUCCUUUCUUUCAGUUUCUUCCCCCCCCCCUUCCCUUUCUGACGUUCUCCUGCUCUUCCCUGCUGUCUACCUCCACCCCCUCGCUGUGUGCGCUGUCAAUAAUUGAUGAUUCUCACUGACUCAAAGGGUAACAGGUCCGGGAGGGAGAGAGAGAGAAAAAAAAAAGAAGUCUCACUCGUUUCUUUAUUUGUUUCCUGGUCUAUCUUUAAGCAGGGUCCACCUGGGAUAAAAAAAAAACACAUUUGUGGUUUAUGCGGGAUCAGUGGCGUGAAGAAGCAGCAUGACUGAGGCAGUUUGAGCGUGGCUGCACGUGUGACCCUAAGCGGGUUAACGCUGCCUGUUUGUCUGACAACAGGACGGAGGGAGGAAAGGGAAGCUUAAAUGAGUGAGAGGCAGGGGGGAGAGCAGAAAGAGGAGGAGGAGGAGGAGAGACAGAAUGAUAGAGGGAAUUAAUUCAACCUUGGGCAGCCCUGAUUGACUCGGUUCCAAACUGGUAUGUAGAGACAUUCAUGGUGACACCAAAGCCAUGGAGAGAGAAAAGAGGAAUGACACGUCCUUCUCCAGAAAGAGAAGUUUCACUUUUGGGGCAUAUGGCGGUGUGGACAGAUUCACCUGUGGGGAUGAGACAAGACCUGAAUCCGCGGAGGACAACAUUCUGGAGGCUCUGGACUCUCCAACCACUAGCAGCAAGCCUUUCCUUUCUUCCGCCAACAACCAAAGGGACGCAGAACUGUUUGAAAUCAUAGUGAAGCUGCAGGGCAGCAGGAUCGAUGAGCAGCGAUGUGAAUUCCCACUUCCUCUGAAGUCGCAGCUUUUGAACAUAGGUGGAGAUCUGCCUCUCAUUCUUCCCUCCAAGUUGGGAGGCUACUGGAUCGACCCACCUCUGGAAAAGCUCAGGGAUGUGAGUCCCACCUCUGGCCACCAUGGCCUCGAUCCGGAGAGCUACGACAUCAUGGAGCGAGACGGCGAGGCCAAAAUCUACCACGAGUUUUUCCGCUCUCGAUAUCACCAUUCAUUCAUAGCCGUGGAUCCAUCGCUGGGGCCUCUGGUUCUCUCUGUGUGUUUGGAGGAGGAAGAGAACAAACUCCGGGUGAUUCUAAGGAUGAAAGAAUGUUCCCUCCACGGCACUUUCUCUUUGUCCCUUUUCACCAACAUGCCGUCUGCUGUAGAGUUAGCAAAGAGGCUGUGCGAUAAAGUGACGGUCCCCAAGUUUGAUGUGGUCAGCUACCUCAAGGCUCCAGUCCUAAUAACAGCAUUUGAUGAGCACAGAGUGUCUUCCAAUUUCAAGUUUGGUGUUUUGUACCAAAAGGAAGGACAGUUCACAGAAGAGGACAUACUGAGUAACAACGAGGAAAGCGAGAAGUUUAGGGACUUCCUGUCAAUUCUGGGAGACACGAUUCAGCUGCAGGGAUUCACGGGCUUCAGAGGAGGACUGGAUGUGUGUCACGGCCAAACAGGAAAUGAAGCAGUCUUCACUUCCUUUAAUGGAAGAGAGAUCAUUUUCCAUGUUGCAACCAAGCUGCCGUACACGGAGGCUGACCCUCAGCAGUUACAGAGAAAAAGGCACAUUGGUAAUGACAUCGUAGCCCUGGUCUACCAGGAGGGACAGACACCCUUUCUGUGUGAUGUCAUCAAGUCUCACUUCCUGCACUGCUUUGUGGUGGUGCGGAGGGUUCAGAGGGAGCAGGAGGCAGGUGGAGUUGCCUACCAGGUGUCUGUUACAGCCAGAGAAGAUGUGCCUCCUUUUGGUCCCGUCAUCCCAGAUCCUCCACUUUUCACAGAUCGUUUACAGCUGAGGGAAUUCCUCCUCGCCAAGCUCAUCAAUGCAGAGAUCUCCUGCUAUAAGGCCGAGCAGUUCAACAGACUGGAGCUGCGCACACGCUCGUCCCUCCUGGAGAGCUUGCAUAAUGAACUCUUCACGCGUUCUCGCUGCAUGAUGGGAGAUCCAUCAGUCGCUGUCGCCCCACCUUCUGAGAGCACGCGGGGCCCGUCUGAAGGAAGUGGAGGCUUUAUUGAAAAUUUUAAGCGAGCCAUCAGAGUGCGAAGCCAUUCGUUUGAGACUCUGGGUGUUCCCAGGAAGAAUGCUGGCAAUUCAUCCCAGAAGCCGAAGGUAGACAAAGAUGCUGAGAGCGACAGCUCGGGAACAACUGAACUUAAAGAUCAAGCAAGUCCUCAGGAGGAGAUAUGAAGACAACUUUUACUUGGAGACUUUAGAGCCAUACAAACACUUUAGACAAGCUUUUUACCUUUGUCAUACCUGUGGAUUAACUGUAUUCCAAGAGAUUUUUAAUGUACAUUGAUUUUUGUAGAAAAUAUAUUUAUUUUAUAACCAUAGAGAACACAUUUUAGAUUAAUGAGAGCAUUUUAAAAGUAAUUUAGAGAAAACUCCGCAAAAUCUUAGCAGCUAAUGUUCAGUUUGACUUUUGUGAUUCAUUAAUAUUGAUACAUUAGGAAGCAAUUAAUAAAUCAAUAGAGCUUUAGAGAUAGAUUGAUCUGGUAGUAGAAAUAAAAACUUCCUGUAAUUUGAAAAAAAAAGUUGUCGCUUUAGUUAUUUAUGAUUCUCACAUUUUUAAUAUUACAUUAAGAAUCUAAUAGAUGCUAUCUAUAUAUGAACAAAUGUUAAUCACAAAAUUUAUGAUAAAUCACAAUUUAUGAGAGUGAAGGUUUAAAAAUUUGUCUGAGAUUAACAUGAACAAGAACAAACUGAUGCGCAAAAUUCUGGAGUUAUUUUUGCACAAAGUACCUGAUUAUAAUGUUGUCCUUGUGUUAAAUUAAAUGAUGUAGUUUUUCAUGUAAGGAGCAAAUAAAUACACAAAAUAAUAUU